AUGGCUGCCGAAGUCAAGCGAGUUCCCAUCCCCCGCCGGGGCGUCGACUAUCGAGGCAAGGUUGUCCUCGCGCCCAUGGUGCGCUCCGGAGAACUGCCUUCCCGCCUGCUGGCUCUCCACUAUGGCGCUGAUCUCGUCUGGGGGCCAGAAACGAUCGACCGUGCCAUGAUUGGGACGACGAGGCGCUUCAACGAAGACUCAAAGACGGUCGACUGGUACCGCGUCGCAUCGCAAGGCCAGAAAGAGCCUCCGGCCGACGCGAAAGAGAGCAUCAUCUACCGGGUCCACCCCGAGCGGGAGGCGGGACGGCUCAUUUUUCAGAUCGGCACCGCCGACCCAGAGCGAGCCGUGGAAGCCGCUCGCCUCGUGGCAGGAGACGUUGCCGGGAUAGACGUAAACGCCGGCUGCCCGAAGCCAUUCAGCACCAGCGGCGGCAUGGGGGCAGCGCUUUUGCGGACACCAGAUAAGCUAUGCGCCAUUCUCGAGGCUUUGGUGAAGAACAUCACGCCCGAGUUUGAGAUCGGAAUCAGCGUCAAGAUCCGGAUCUUGGAGACGGCCGCCGAGACAGAGGCUCUGGUUCGCAGAUUGUGCGCCACGGGUAUCACUGCCCUGACGGUGCACUGCCGCACGACGCCCAUGCGGCCGCGAGAGCGAGCCAUCCGUGGACAGCUGCGCAUGGUCGCCGGGGUCUGCCACGAACACGGCGUUGCGUGUCUCAUGAACGGCGACGUGGAGACCAGAGACCAGGGGCUCAGGCUGGCUGAGGAGUUUGGCGCUGAUGGUGCCAUGAUCGCGACAGCGGCUGAGAAGAAUCCUAGCUGCUUCAGGAGUGAGGCGGACGGUGGCGUCCUGCCUUGGCAGCCUGUGGUUGAGGAGUACCUCAAGACGUGCAUGGAGGUGGACAACCGAUUUGGCAACACAAAGUAUUUGCUCGCGCAGAUGGUGCCUGGCAAGGAGCGAUUCUACCAGCCCGUCAACCAAGGCAAAAGCUACACAGACAUGUGCAAGAACCUGGAGUUGGAGCACCUCCUCGAACAAGCCAAGGAGGCGGAUGCGAAGCGGGGCUUGGAUCGUCCCAAAGAAAAGACCUCCAAGAAGAAGAAGAAGAACAACCCCAGCGCCCUUGCCGCUGGUGGUCAGAUGGGCCAGGCGAGGGAGAACUCGCAGCAUCGCAAGGCGCUGUCUGAGCGAGGAGCCACUACGCAGUCUGCACUGGAACCUGAGCCGGCUGCGGUGGCGGCAUAA